CGUCAACAACAAAAUAAUACGAGUAUGUCUUUCAUUGUCAUGGUGGUCGGUCUCCUCUCCUUGUCAUGGCUUCCACUUUUAUCUUUUCUUCUUCUUCUUCUUCUUCUACUCACAUUGAAGUUAAAACAAUCCCCUAUUCUCUUUCCAAAAUUUCUGUCUCUUUUUCUUGCAAAAUUAUUUGAAUUAUUAUUGCGAAGAAUCUUGUACUGAUUUUUUAUCAUAAUUUUCCAGCAGCCACACAACAAUUGUUAUCAACAACAAGCUCAAUUCACAUGUAAAUCUCAUGAUACAUUUUUUUCCCUCUCCACCUCCAAUUGUUUCUCUCUCUCUUCUUUGUUGCUUCAAUUUCAACUUGUUUUUUUUUGUCUUUGUUACUGCUGCUGCUCUCAAUUCCACAAUCAGAGAGCUGAUUUCAACAUUGUGGUGGUCAGUUUGUGAUUUGAACAUAGAUAACUUGAUUUUCUGACUUGAGAGGAGUAAAAAUGGGGUCAUGUUUGGAAGAGAAUUUAGCUUCUGUAAGUGCUGAUGAUUGGAAAAAAGCAGUAGAGAAAGUGAUACCAGCUGUGGUGGUUUUAAGAGUUACAACUUGUAAAGCGUUCGAUACUUAUUGUGAGGGUGAGUCGACUGCAACGGGGUUUGUUGUUGACAAGAAACGAGGAAUUAUACUUACUAAUCGUCAUGUCGUCAAACCUGGCCCUGUUGUUGUUGAAGCUAUGUUUGUUAACAUGGAAGAGAUUCCAGUUUAUCCUAUUUAUAGAGAUCCCGUCCAUGAUUUUGGUUUCUUUCGAUAUGAUCCCGGAGCCGUGAAAUUUCUGAGCUACGAGGAGAUUCCUCUAGCACCUGAAGUUGCUUCUGUAGGACUAGAGAUUAGGGUUGUGGGUAAUGAUAGCGGUGAAAAGGUUUCAAUUCAGGCAGGAACAAUAGCUCGUUUGGAUAGGGAUGCACCUAAGUACACAAGUGAUGGUUAUAAUGACUUCAAUACGUUCUACAUGCAAGCUGCAUCUGGGACAAAGAGUGGUUCGAGUGGUUCCCCAAUCAUCGAUUUGCAAGGAAGAGCAGUGGCUAUGAAUGCUGGAGGAAUGAAAAACGAAUCUGCUACGGCAUAUUUUCUUCCUUUAGAGCGAGUUGUUAGGGCAUUAAGUUUUAUCCAGAAGAGUAAAGACUCGUCUGGAUGUGGAUGGAAGGCUGUAACUAUUCCUCGUGGUACGCUUCAGGUGACAUUUCUUCAUAAGGGCUUUAAUGAGACACGUAAAUUUGGACUCAAAAGUGAAACCGAACAGAUGGUUAGGCAUGCAUCACCAGCUGGUGAGACAGGAAUGCUUGUUGUUGAGUCUUUGGUACCGGAUGGCCCGGCCCAUAAACAGUUGGAGCCGGGUGAUAUUCUUGUUCGAGUGAAUGGAGAGGUCAUUACUCGAUUCUUGAAUUUGGAAACCAUACUCGAUGAUAGCGUGGACCAGAAGAUCGAUUUGUCCAUUCAAAGGGGUGACAUUUCAGUAACUGUAAAUUUACUGGUUCAAGAUUUGCAUUCCAUAACCCCGAAUUCCUUCUUGGAAGUAAGUGGUGCAGUAAUCCAUACUCUUUCCUACCAACAGGCUAGAAAUUUUCGUUUCAAAUGUGGUGUUCUGUAUGUUGCUAAACCAGGAUACUUGCUUUCUAGAGAGGCUGUUCCUCGUCAUGCCAUAAUAAAGAAAUUUGCGGAGAAAGAGAUAUCGCAGAUGGAUGACCUAAUAGCUGUGUUAUCUGAGCUGUCUACAGGUGCUCGAGUGCCUUUGGAAUAUAUAAGCCACUUGGAUCGCCGUCGCAGCAAGUCUGUCUUAGUUACUGUUGGCCGGCAUGAAUGGUAUGGCCCUCCGCAGAUAUAUACUCGCAAUGAUAGUACUGGCUUAUGGACAGCAAGGCCUGCAUUGCCUCAUGCAUCAAUAUUUUUAUCUUCAAGACACCGUUACAUAAAUGACUCACCAUCUGAAACUAAUUUGUUGACCAUAAGUGAGGUUGGCACAUUAGAACCUAGAGCUAAAGAUGGAAACAAAGAUUGCACAGAUGAACGUUUUGUUGGGGGGAUACACUCCCUGGGAGAAGCUAAUGUUGGAACAAAGAAGCAAUAUCUGGAGGAUGAUGCAUCUAUUAAGGAAAUUGUGUUAUCAGACCCCGCCAUACACGAACCUGCAGAGGAAAGGUGGACGGACAUAAGAGAGCUAAACAAUACUGGAAAAUUAGGUGACCGAGGAGGUAUAGCUGGUAAUGCUUCAGUUGCUGAACGAGUAUUAGAGCCGGCUCUGGUCAUCUGUGAAGUUCAUGUUCCCAAACCGUGUCAGGUUGAUGGGGUGUACUCACAAGACUUUUCUGGAACUGGUGUUAUUGUGUAUCAUUCCGAAAGCAUGGGUUUGGUUGUUGUUGACAAAAGUACAGUUGUUGUAUCUUGCUGUGAUGUGAUGCUCUCAUUUGCUGCAUCUCACAUAAAAAUUCCCGGCGAGGUUGUUUUCCUCCACCCUGUUCACAAUUAUGCUUUCGUUGCAUAUGAUCCUUCUUCUCUAGGUGUUGCAGGUGCCUCAGCUGUUCGGUCUGCUACACUGUUAUCUGAACCUGGUUUGCUGCGAGGUGAUUCGGUGUUUCUCGUGGGUUUGACCAAAAGCCUGCGAGCAAAAUCAAGGAAAUCAAUUGUUGUUGAUCCUUCUGCUGCAUUGGAGGACGAUUCAUAUGAAGGUUGGCCAAUGUACAUGGCGACAAAUAUGGAAGUGAUAGAACUUGAUACUGAUUUUGGUAAGUCAUUUACGGGUGUGCUCUCUGAUGAGCGUGGAUUUGUUCAAGCAAUUUGGGGAGGAUUUUCUGAGGUUAGUUUUAUUGGUUUCUUUUUCUUCCCUAAUCUGAUAAUCGUUUUUCUUCUUUGGCAACAACUUCGUAAUGUAAGCAUUUUGAUGCAGAUGAAGUUUGGUGUGCGAGGAAUUCCAAUUUAUGCAGUCAGUGAAGUUCUUGCCAAGAUUCUUAGUGGUGAAAGGGGAACAAUCCGAUUCAUAAAUGGCAUCCCAAGGCCAAUACCUCUUCUUAGAAUUUUAGAUGCUGAGCUGUAUGGGAUUUUACCUUCCGAAGCUAGAAGUUUUGGAUUGAGUGACAGUUGGAUCCAAGCUCUUGUGAAGAAAGAUCCAAUAAGGCGUCAAGUUUUACGCGUUAAAGGUUGUUUGGCUGGAUCAGAAGCUGGAAAAAUAUUAGAAACUAAUGACAUGGUCCUAGCAAUCAAUAAAGAGCUCAUUACAUCUUUCCGGGACUUAGAAAAGGCUUGCCAAGGAUUGGAUGUAUCAAAAGAGAGCGACGGUACACUUAGUAUGACGAUUUUCCGGAAGGGACAAGAAAUUGAGGUUAUUGUGGGAACUGAUGUAAGAGAUGGCAACGGCACUAUGCGGAUAGUGAACUGGUGUGGAUGUAUUGUUCAAGAACCUCACUCAGCAGUCCGCGCACUUGGAUUGCUUCCAGAAGAAGGACAGUGUGUGUAUGUGUCUGGACGUUUUUAUGGAAGUCCAGCAUGUAAAUAUGGUCUCAAGGCCACCAGCUGGAUAGUCGAAGUUAAUGGGAAACUCACACCUGAUCUGGAUUCUUUUGUCGAAGUGAUAAAGGGACUGGAGCAUGGGGAGUUUGUUCGUACCAGAACAAUGACCUUAAAUGGGAGUCCUGAAGUGCACAACCUUAAGCAGGAUUUAUAUUACUGGCCUACAUGGGAAUUGAAAUUUGACAUGGAGACAGCAAUGUGGCGUCGUGUUAUGAUCAAGGCACUAGAUACAAGCGUGAACUAAUCUAACCUAUUUGACGAAGUUCAAUACAAAAUAUUUAAUCUUUUUAACGUAAUUUGAUACAAAAUAUUGUACGUUUCACUAGUCUAGUGACUUGAAAACAUGAUGUACACCUGAAUCAAAUUACCAGCUGAUUUUCCUUUGUGCAAUGGCUUAUUGUAAGAAUUAGAAUUAGACACUCCCGAUUAGUGAAGAAGAGUACUAUUCAGUGAAAAAUUAUUCAAUAGAACACAAUAUAUUUUGUAAAGGUGAGCUCCUAAAAAUUUAACUUUUAGCCCAUUCUGCUGUUUUAGCCCACCCAGAUUUCUGCUGCGGUGUCUAGGCACUUGCCAGCCAAAGAUUUAUGGCAAGAGUGUAAACGCUUUU